AUGAACGCUCUGAAUAGUCGGCUGGUCUUCACAACUUCCAUUCCGCUGCCCGUCACCCCCUACAAACCAUUUCCCUACUAUAACUUGGUAAGCUCCCCCCUUGUCCAACUACAGUAAUCCUUAGAGCCUCUUUGUUUAGGAAGUGGUGCAAUGGUCGCUUCUGUUCGGCGUCUGCUUCCUGCUGGGCGUCGGAAUGGGCGCAAACGACGUGGCCGACGCGUUCGGGACGUCUGUCGGCACGGGCACCGUAACCGUCACCCAGGCGUUCAUCCUGGCCACCGUCGUCGAAAUGAUGGGCUCGAUGGCGUCCGGACUGACGGGCAGCUUCGGCAAGUCACUCGAGAUUGUCGACACGAGCUCGUACGCCGACAAUCCCGACGAGCUGGUCAUCGGGCAGAUUGCGAUGCUCGUCGGAUGCUCCACGUGGCUCAUCAUCGCCACGUUCUACAGUAUGCCCGUCUCUUCGAUUCACUCGCUGCUCGGCGCCACGAUGGGCUUCUCGUUUGUGCUGCGCGGAGUCCGUGGAAUCAUUUGGGAACGUGUCGCGUGGGUCGCGUUGGUCUGGAUCCUAUCGCCCGUCGUUUCGGCGAUAUUUUCGAUGAUCACGUUUUUCGUCAUCGAUGUCACCAUUUUGAGAGCGGUGAGUUUUGACGCAUCGUAUCUUUGCCAGUUUUCGAUAUUUUUUGACGUUUAAAAAACGAAUCGAAAGAGAAUUUUAUGCUGAACAGGUUCGUAGUUGAGCAUUUUUCAAGAUAGCGUCUCUAGGCCAAGAUAUACUCAUUUUACUGAGUGCCGUUCAAACAAGACAAAAAUCACGUUAAAGAGCAUGACAUUAUCUAUUAAUUUGUUCUUGCUGACAACUCAAAAAUGUUAAAAAUUGACAAAAAUAUCCGGUUUUCCAGAAAAAUCCCGUGAAAACGGGUCUAUUCCUGCUACCAGUGGUCUACGCGGUCGUGGUCUUCACCAAUGUUCUCUUGUUUCUACAGGAUGGAAGUAGAGGUCAGUUUCAAAUAUUAUCCAUCCGUCUAUAAAUCGACACUUUCAGUGUUCCAUUUCGACGAAAUUCCGCUCCUCUACACAAUCGCCGUCUCUCUCCUGCUCGCCGUUCUUUCCGGAUUUCUGGCGCUCUUCGUGACGGGACCCAUUAUGAAGAGAAGAUUGGAAAGUACGUUUUGCAACCACUCCCCCGCCCCGUUUCGCAACCGAAUAAUCGUCCAGAAACGUCGACGGAGCUGCCGCGGAUCGCCAGUUCGCUUUCGUACUCGUUUCCGAUUCGUCCGCGCGGAUGGUUGCGGAAAGCGGUCUACUGGGCGUUUCCGCCGCUGCGAAACGACGAUCAGAAGGCCGUCCGCCUCUUUUCCUUCCUUCAAAUCAUGACCGCCUGUUUUGCGGGCUUUGCGCACGGCGCCAACGAUGUUACGUAAGUGUUUGGAUGAACAGAUCUACAAUAUCAGCACUUUGCGUGAAUGUGGACACUAUUUUUCGGGCUUGGCGUGAAUCCGAUCAAUUUCAGUCAAGUCUGAGCUCGUCAAAGUACUGAUAUUGUAGAUUUAUUAAAAGUUUCCAAUGGGAGAUCAAAAAACAGCGAAAAACGAGUGAGAAAACGGCAAUUUGCCCUCGGAAAACCACUUCCAACACCCGUAAUCAAAUUUCGGCACAUUAUAAUGAAAACGUCAAAUGUGAUAAGCGCACCUGCAAAAACUUACCUCCAUGCUUUUUGUUCCGCAAAUCUCAGACAAAACACGGGCGGUGUCGCAUGUGAAAACCCUGGAAAAACAAGACGUUUUAAUCAAAACGCAAAAAUUUUUUUAGGAAUUGCGUGGCGCCGAUGAGAGAUUUGAUCAGUAUGUACAACCACGGAUAUCAGGAGGAUAACACCAAGUUGAAUGUGAGUGGGGAGGGGCCACAUGGUGCAUCGGCCGGCCACACGUUGGUCUUUGGGUUAUGGUGCAUCGGCCGAACUGGUGAAGUAAUAUUUUGAUUGCAAUGUGGCCUUAGGGCAUGGUGCAUCGGCCCAAGUCAGUGAAUACUUUGUAACCAACCAGAAUGCCUUUGUUGGUUGCAAAGUGUCCAUGGUGCAUCGGCCGAAACCCUUUUGACCGUCUAGACUCUCUUUUCUUCCGCUUCACAAUAAAGAGGAAAUUAGAAUGGAAAUUAGCAAAAAUAUGCAGAAAAGCGGAAAAAGCCGCAACAGUGUGAUCUAUUUUUGGGUGACUAAUCGAUGCACCAUAGGGAGACAUCUUUUUCAUUGGAACAGCCCGGAACGCAUGCGAAAGUGUUCCCAGUUCCACCGAAUGUGCCGAGUGUCAACCGGAAAACAGAAAAACAAACGGAGUGUUCAGAUCACUGUCUACGUUGGACUAUUGUCCACUUUGGCCGUUCUGCUCGGCAUUUGGACGCUCGGAAUUCGAGUUAUUCGCACUGUCGGAGAGGAUUUCGCGAAGAUGAAUCCGGCCACGUGAGUACAGUAAUACCGUCUACAAAAAAGUGCUGCAAAAUCCCACUUUUCAGCGGUUUCUCCGUGGAAUUCGGCGCGGCAAUCUGCGCCCUCGCCACCAACAUCUACAAUAUCCCGCAGAGCAUGACGCACUGCCUCGUCGGCUCAAUCUUCGGCCUCGGCCUGGUCCGCUCGGGCCCGAUACUCAAAUGGAAAACUGUCAAAUAUGUGUUCUUGUCCUGGAUUCUGACAAUACCGGUAUCCGGGCUGAUAUCGGCCGCUGUGAUGUACCUUUUGCAAGCUGUUCUCGAAUAA